GGGGGGUUGCAUGGCUGAAACGAGUUUGUGCGGAAAUGUUCUGUGCCUAGAAGUGAUUGGGUGCGCUGUGAUUCUAAUGGAACUCAUGUCCCGACCAUCUUUAAAUGGAAUCGCAUAAAAAUGUCACGGAAAAAAAAAAAAGAAGCCUUAAAAAAAUGUACUCUGCACGCUAAUGGGGGUGAUCGCUUAUAAAGGUGCCGCGUAUCAUCAAUUCACCUACGCGACCAAAGACCGUGAGUGAGUGGAGGCAAGGAGGGUGCAGAAUUCAUGACAACAUUCCGCGUGACGCCGCUGUUGUCAGGGCAAUCAAUGCCACGAUACGACUCUUUAGACUUUAGAUCUAAUUCACGGUGCAGCCAGCCAGGAGUUAAAUGUCAUGUAAGACUGCCCCCACGACCUGCAGAUCACUUAGUCGGAAUGUUUCUCGCCCUAAAUGUUCACGCUGAAUUAGUCAAGGCUCCAGAAAGUACUGUUUUAGUCGUAGCAGUAUUUAACUUGGCUUCCUGGAUAUACACCAUGAUGGAGAUUCGUUCAAACGUUGGUAUAUCUGUAUGCAAUAGAGAAUGAACAAUGCCAUUCAUGAUGGACGACGAUGACAUGUACAUCUCCAUGCCACUGGUCAUCGGUAUUUACAUCGCCAUCAUCGCCUUCUGCCUGCUGGGGAAUCUGGCAGUCAUAGUCAUUGUGGUGGCCAGACCAGUGCUUCAUACCUCUACCAGUUACUUCCUGAUCUCUCUCUCCGUCGCUGACCUCUUCGUGGGCGGGGUCGUGGUGUCCCUGACAUUGGCGCACAAAUUGAAUCUUCAUUACGCUUCAGGAUUUGGUCGACUUGCAUGUGUAGUGCCACCGUACCUUGAACUGACCUGCAUCACUGCCAGUGUCUACUCUCUUCUUUGUGUCAGUAUUGACAGAUACCGAGCUAUCGUCCUGGCCAGAAAGCCUGCAAGGGACGGCCUCAUCAUUCUAAGCUUCGCCAUGGUAUGGGUUGGGUCACUCUUGUACGCUGCCAAGGUCUUCCUCCAAGACUACUUGACAGUCAACAGCGGCGACCCAAUCAGUGCAUCGGACACAACCCCUGCUUUUCAGACAGCAGAAACAGCAAGCGGCAGUGCAUCCAACACAACAUCACCUUAUGUCAAAGCAGAGACAACAAGCGGUGGCCCUGAAGACUUGUAUUCACUGGACACGUCUUUCUGCAGUCUUCUUGUGGAGGAAGACACGGCUGAUUUACCGUUUAGGUCAUUGGUCACUUUUAGACCUCUCUCUAAUAGCUGA